AUGAAUGAUGCCUGCUACUGUUACUGUUGUCGUCACUUUGCUCCAAGCUCGACCACUGACAAAGCGUUUACUGUGACAGGAUUUUCUAAUUGGAAGAAGACAUGUGGUCACAAAGAGAAGUCCAACACUCUGUUAAAACACAAACUUUCAUCUGCUCACAGAUCAUCGUUUGUUGCAUGGGAAGAGUAUCGUCAAUCUGCACAAAAGGGUCACACAAUACAAGACAUUGUGUCUCAGUCAACGCUUCAGGUGCCAGAAAAGGAAAUAGAAGACAAUAGAUGCCUUUUGAAAACUAUCAUUGACAUACUCCUCCUUUGUGCAAAACAAGGGAUAGCCUUAAGAGAUCAUGACACACGUCUGCAAAAGAAGAUUGGAAAAUUACCCAAGAAUGCACAUUAUCGCUCACCUGAAAUUCAGAAUGAGUUGUUAUCGGUAAUGGGAUCACUCGUGCGAAACAAGAUCUGUGAAGAAGUGAGAAACAGUGGACACUUUACUUUGAUGGUAGAUGAAAUACGAGAUAUUAGCAAGAAGGAGCAGGUUUCAAUUGUUGUGAGAUAUGUCAAGGUCUCUGCAGUGUAUGAAAGUUUCUUGACAUACUUCACUGCUCAUGACAUUACAACAGAAGGACUUUCGACAUUGAUAACCAACACUUUGCCACAGCACAAUUUACCUCUCUCAAUGUGUGUCUGUCAAUCUUAUGACGGAGCUUCUGUGAUGAGUGGUCGAUUGUCAGGGGUUCAAGCACGGAUUCGGAAGUUAUGUCCUCAAGCCAUUUACGUGCAUUGCUUUGCGCAUAGGUUAAACCUAGUUCUUGUGGACUGCUCGAAGAACAUGGAAUUCGUCAGCGAACUCUUCUGUGUUUAUCAAAUGCUCUACCUGUUUUCGUCAUCUUCUGCUGUUCUGCCUGUGUUUGAGGAAGUCCAGAGGGUGGCAGGUAUAAAGAAACCAUUGCGUAUCAAGAGUUUCGGCAAUACUCGAUGGGCAUGCCACUUUGAUGCUAUAUCUGGAGUUCUGCAAUCACUCAAAGAAAUAGUUGCUACUUUAGAGGAUCUUACUGAGAACGACAGAGACAGUAAGCGAAGAGUCGAAGCAGGAGGUCUCUUGACACAUGUCAGGACCGUCAGGUUUAUAUUCAUAUUUGUUUUCCUCGUCAAGGGACUUUCAAUAACCAAAGGACUGUCAGAUCAACUGCAAGAUGACUCACUUGAUCUAGCAGCUGCAGCGGAACCUGGUUGA